GAAAACAAGGGUCAUAUAUUCUCUGGCUACCAAAUGGAUUGUGAAGAUUGGAACACAUUAUUGCUGCAGAAGUUGCCACCACCACAAACACCGCCACUUGCAAAGAAAGGCAGAAAUCUAGUAAGUCAGUCCUCCUCCUGGAACUAUUCACCGUGACUUAUCAUAAGACAUCAAUAGGAAAAUAAAGUUUUAAAUCACAUGGAAAAAGUCAGCAUUCUUUUAAUUUUUUAACAUUUAAUAUAGCAUACAUGACAAGUUUUCUCAAACUUUUCUACAUUCUGCUCCAAACUAAUUUUUUGAUCAAGUCUCAUCCUCCCUUUGAAUAAAAUAAGUCUCAUACCUCCUGCAAUAGACUAAGUCUAAUACCCCAUACAAAAUCAUAUUGAAAUCGGAAAAGAAUGGACCUUUAUUUAUUUUUGUAAAUUAUAAAGAUAAUAUUGUAGAUCAUAGAAAAUAAACUAAUUACUUGUUACAUAGAGUAAAAUUUUAAUUUAAAAAAUGUAAUUAAAAAAUUUAUAACAUAAAUUAAAAAAAAUUUAUAACAUAACAUAAAUUAAAAGUAAAUGGCCCCUCUGUUCUUAUGACUUUUCUUGGCAUUGCUUGAGAUGCCUCCUGGCAUACCUUUGAUUUAUCCAAGCACCCCAAGUUUGGCAACCCUGUUAUAUGAUGUUAUAGUUGUUUUUAAAUUUUUCUUUUGAAGCAACCAAGACAUUAAUCUCCCUUAUCACAAUUUUUUUUUGCAUUAAAUUAAAGAUUACAUUUUCCUGAACUGACUUUGAAAUUUCUCAUUAAAUCAAUUUUUACUUUUUCCCAUGGUUGCUAGUUUUACCUGACAGUUAAAAAAUACUAGUAACAUAAUUCAAAUAGCUGGGAAGAAGACUGUUAAUGUUUCAUUUUUGUUUUAGCUGCUUGCAGUUUUUAUUUGAAACAUUUCAAAUUGAAACUUUAUACUUUUUUGUGUUCUGAAACAGCAAACAAAAAUUUCAGCAGAACCACAACAAGCUGUCCUCGGCAGAACCAUUGAAGUAUUACAGGAAAUAGAUUUAAGAACUUUUCCAAUUCAUUUUUUGGAUUCAUGGACCUUGACAUUGUAUCCUUUUUGAAUUUACAUUGAACUUCAUGUCACUUCUGUAUUUAACCUUUUGAACUUUGGCUCCUGUUCCUAAAAUGCCCAUGCCCCUGGGCUCCUGGGGAAAAAUUACACAUAUACACAAGCAAACAAAAUUCCAUGAUUGUAAAGUUAUACCAGUUUUAUUUCUUUCUUUCUAAAUUUGUCUGUUAGCUGUCUAUUAUUGUUAUAAAAUGCAUCACAGUGAGAAGCUUGUCUUAGAUUCUGUAUAGCAAGCAUAGCAGACUUCAUGCCUGAAAAUCAGGACUAGGGAUAGACCUUGUUGUUUCUUUAUAAUCCAAAGCGUACAUUCUCCCACUUGCACUAGUUGAAAUCAGCCGAGUGUCACUAUCAAAGGGUUGAAGUUAAUUUUGUAUGGUAUUAUGCAUUGGAUGUAGGAUGAUGUAAUGGAUGUUGGAUGAUGCAUUGAAUCUGAGAUUGUAAUUAAUAUUGAAUUCUUAUGAAUUGUGUACCCAUAUUUUAAAAAAAUAGAAUCUGCGAUCAUGCACAUAAUAUAAAUGCAUACAGUUGUUCAAAAAAUUGCCUUUAAACACUAUUUUUGUAAUGGGAAUAACAAUUACACAUUUAAUACUAUUGGUCACAGACAUAAAAACAAAAGUGCACUUUAAUAUUUAGAUUUUCAAUCAGCUUUUAUCCUCAUUAAUCUUGUUGUUCUCAUGGUUCAACCAUGACUGUUAACUUGUGAAUGUUAAAGUCUCUGGAAAAUUAGUUGUGGAUAUUAAAGACUCCUGUUCUAUUGAAUACCUUAACUUUGAAACAGAUCUAUACAAAAUGAGUCCCCCAAAACUUUGAUCAACUACAUUCAAGAAAUGGAACAGGUGAGAUGAUAUCUAGCUAUUCAUUUAUUGUCUGUGCUGGAAAUUACACUGAGUUGUUGAUGUAGGGGCAUACAUUAGAUAUUUUUAAUUUGAUAUAAUUCCAGACAGGUUUAAUUCCUACUAAAUGAUAUAAUGAUAUUAUUCCAGACUGGUUUAAUGCCUACUAAAUGAUAUAAUGAUAUUAUUCCAGACUGGUUUAAUUUCUACUAAAUGAUAUAAUGAUAUUAUUCCAGACUGGCUUAUUGGCAAGGAUACAGAUACAUCCAGACUUUAAAGAAAUUCAAACUUGCGGAAAGCUAACCAACUUAAACACUUCAGCAUGGAAGGAAAAUUAUCAUAACCUUACAGGUAAUUUCUUCCACUGUCUCUUGUCAUUUUGUCACUCAUAAAUUAUCAUUACAUUACUGGUAGUUUCUUCCACUGUCUCUAGUCAUCCUGUCACUAUCAUAAGAAACCUAAUGUUUAUUCCCAUUUUGUAUUUGGGAUAGAGGUGGUAUCACCAUUUUUUUUUUUUGUGUCAGAGGUAACUUUAAAUAAAUAUACCUUCUCAUUCAGGAUGAGCUAUAUAUAUUUAUGUAUAUAUUUGUUUACUACAAGGCAAGGAACCAACUUUUAGUAAAGAAUUUAUAUAAACAUUUUCAAUGUUUAUUAAAUGGUUUCCAUUUAUUUGAAUCAUAAAAAAAUCACCACAGUUCAAAAUUUAAAUAAAUUCCGUGUUAAAUGUUUUAAUUUAUGCUUCAAUUUAUCACAAGGGUGGUGUAUUUGUAGAAUAAUUUCCUGUCCCUCAUUUAAUGCUCUUUGGAAGUUGGUAUUUUUUUGUGAAAAAUUAAUAUAUUUAAUUAAAUUAAUUGAAUUGUAAAAAAAAAAUAAUGUGGUACAUGGUAAAAAAAACAAACAACUCCAAUUCCAUCAUUUUUAACUUGAAAUAAAAAAACCCACAAAACUUUCCAUAAAAUAUCAAAGAGCUGCCAUUUUAUCACCAUAAGUUUUAUAUAUGCAUAUAUAUAUCGCCAUAAGUUUUAUAUAUGGAUUUAUAUAUAUGUAUAUAUAUAUAUAUAUAUAUAUAUAUAUAUAUAUCACCAUAAGUUUUAUAUUUGCAUAUGUAUAUCACCAUAAGUUUUAUACAUGCAUAUAUAUAGCCAUAAGUUUUAUAUAUGCAUAUAUAUAUCACCAUACGUUUUAUAUAUACAUAUAUAUAUAUCACCAUAAGUUUUAUAUAUGCAAAUAUAUAUAGCACCAUAAGUUUUAUAUAUGUAUAUCACCAUAAGUUUUAUAUAUGCUUAUGUAUAUAACCAUAACUUUUAUAUAUGCAUAUAUAUAUGGCCAUAAGUUUUAUAUAUGCAUAUAUAUAUGGCCAUAAGUUUUAUAAAUGCAUAUUUCAGAACCUGAUGAAGUGCACAUUGGAAAUGGUUCACAUUACAUGUACCUGCUUCUACUACCACAUCCUAAUAAGGCAUCUCCAAGUCUGUCCACAUCUAUUAUGACUAGAGUUCUGCUGUCCCCUCAUGAAAUCAACAGAAAUCUGUAUGAUAUCCUAGACAACAUCCUGAAGUCAGAUCCUUGCUCCACAGAUG